GAGAGAGAGCAUGGAAUGGCCUGUUAGAGAGAGCAAUGGAGCAUGGAAUGGCCUGUUAGAGAGAGAGAGCAUGGAAUGGCCUGUUAGAGAGAGAGAGAGAGAGCAUGGAAUGGCCUGUUAGAGAGAGAGAGAGAGCAUGGAAUGGCCUGUGAGAGAGAGAGCAUGGAAUGGCCUGUUAGAGAGAGAGAGAGAGCAUGGAAUGGCCUGUUAGAGAGAUAUAUCAUAUAGUGUGUGUAUGUAUGGUUGACUGUGACUUCCUAUAUUACAUGUACAUCUUUUAACACUGAGUGCUGUUAGACCGGUAAAUGGGCAAUCUCGAUUAGUGACCCGCCGACUCAGAGUGAAGUGUGUGGAGAGUACUAACUGCAGUGCAUUACGGGGCGGAGCGUGCUGGUUGCAGUGCAUUACGGGGCAGAGCGUGCUGGUUGCAGUGCAUUACGGGGCGGAGCGUGCUGGUUGCAGUGCAUUACGGGGCGGAGCGUGCUGGUUGCAGUGCAUUACGGGGCGGAGCGUGCUGGUUGCAGUGCAUUACGGGACGGAGCGUGCUGGUUGCAGUGCAUUACUGGGUGGAGCGUGCUGGUUGCACUAUGCAUUACUGGGUGGAGCGUGAAGAGUACUACCUGCAGUGGCUUAUGGGUGUUUAAUGACAGGUGCAGAUAGUCACCAAACAUGGAGUCUGUUUCAGGUGCUCGUGAGUGUCUGGUAGCUCGUGUUUUGCUCCCUUUAGGUAGUUACCUACCUGUGUGACAUGGCUGAUGGGUAGGUGAAAUUUUCAGGACAUGAUGCACCCAGUAACACUGCUUCCCUUUUCACACACAGGCCUCUCUCUGCCAUGGAUCCCACCAUGUGCCAAGAACUCCUGACAUUCCUGACCCCAGAAACCCGCGCUGAUCUGAAGAGUCAAGCUCUGGAGUACAUCUUGGGGCUGAGCGGAACACGUGAGGGGAGACAGACCCUGUGCACUGCGGGAUCAGCCCUGCUCCCUGUUCUAUUGGACCUUACCUUGGACGCCUCGCCAGCAGUGAUCCAAGAUGCCUACCAUGUUAUGGUGAACUUGACCUCAGACUCAGUCAUUCACCAAGCUCUGCUGCAGAACAUUCCCACUCUUCUCCCCACCCUGCUGGAGCGUCUGCGAGACCCAGCGUGUGUCUAUGCCGACUUUGCGUGUACUGCCUUGUGUAAUCUUAGCCGUGAGGAGGACACAUGUCGCUCUGUCCUGGGAGCCCUUCACGUAGAAGGAAUGGACCAUCUCCUGCACAUGGUCUCCAACCCAAAGUACAAUCCUACUGCCAGGCUGGAAUACCUCAGCCCACUAAUCUGUAACCUGACACAGCUCCCCGAGGGCAGAACCUUCAUACUGGACCGGACAAGGUGAGCGUCUAGAUUAGACGAGGAACACGCUGUCACAGCAGAGGAUCAGUUUUCCUCCUUUCCGAAAUUACCAUGGGGUACAUACCGCAAACGUUCAAUGCCGUAGUGUCACCGUCCUGACUGUCUUGGAGAAUAUACACACAGAGAGAUCUUUGUGGCUUCAUACAGGCUUUUAAAAGGCCAGUCUAAGUACCAUAACAACUUUGCACUAUUUAGAGGGCAACUUGAAUUCAAACUCCGAUUGGAGAGUAGAUUAGAACUGCAGUGAUUUGUAGCACUCACUCUGCUAUAAGUCAGCCCCCCAGUGCUGUCUAUCAAACAGCCGAAACUGAUCUGUGAUUGGGGCGGUGUAAACUGAUUGCUGAAUAGUUCCCAUCACUCUAAGUGCGGAUAAUUGGAACUGCUUCAGGAAUGUCAUUUUAAUAUCUAUCUUAGUGGUGAGACUGUGUGUGUGUGAUCACUGUGGCAGUGUGUGACAAAUGUGUGCUUUGUGUGGUGAAUACAUGUGUAGUAUUGGUGCUUUGUAUGGUAAAUGUACGUGCAAUGUGGCUAGAUUUAUGGGUAUAUUUGUGUUCAGAGUGGGGUAAAUGGGCGCAGUGUGGCUGAGCCUGGGGUAAAUGGGCGCAGUGUGGCUGAGCCUGGGGUAAAUGGGCGCAGUGUGGCUGAGCCUGGGGUAAAUGGGCGCAGUGUGGCUGAGCCUGGGGUAAAUGGGCGCAGUGUGGCUGAGCCUGGGGUAAAUGGGCGCAGUGUGGCUGAGCCUGGGGUAAAUGGGCGCAGUGUGGCUGAGCCUGGGGUAAAUGGGCGCAGUGUGGCUGAGUUUGGGGUAAACGGGCGCUGUAACGGAUCACUUUGCACCCCGACUGGGUACCUCCAUUGAAGGAUGCUCCUAGCGCUUCCUGAGGGCUCCAAGCACUCCAGCCGACACCAUAACCACCGUGGACUCGUUCAGAGAGCAGGACAGGAACAAACUCUUACAAGAGCUUAGCAGUGAAUAUAGCAAGGGAUUAUGCAGAGCAUAGCAAUCCCUUGUAGCAGAUUCCCCCAAUAAGAGACGUAACUCUAAAUUGAGGGUGAAGUAGAACUGACUGUACUGGCACAUACAGCCUCUUUUAUUCACAUUCUACAAACAUAGUACUGCCCACAGGGUUUUGAACAACCAAUCAACACAUUACAACACAGCUAACACUCCCAUUCAUUACAUCAGAAAUCCUCCCCUCUGCCUGUGAUUAUCUCAACACAAUAGACUAACUUAAUUAUCACAGGCAGGAAAAUACAGUAUUAUAAAACAUAUCACAUGGACUCAAAACAUGCAAUAACCCCAUAAAAAAUAUCAUCUGAACCGGGUGAUCUGGGUGAACUACAUAUCCAAAAUUCACCCAGAUCCGUUCAGUAGUUUGGAAGAAGCAGUUUAAUACAGAUUCCGCAGAACAUAUACAGGCUAUAUGAAAAACAAUUACUGUUAAAUGUGUCCCCUGUUCUGUAGUUUAAAACUACUGAACGAUGUCUUUGUUUUUACUUUUCUACACAGUGUCAUCUCGCCGGUAUUUGGUGCACAAUGUCUGUGAGUUAAAAUGACAACCAUCCAUUGUUCUCACCAUGUGCUUCAUCCAUUGUUCUCACCAUGUGCCUCUGAUACAUGAAAUGGUGGCCACCCAUUAACUCCAGUUUGCUAGUCUAUCCAGCUGAACCAACAGAUGAAACACAUGGUGAACAGUGCAACAAACGAAGGGAAACACAAACAUGGACAAUAGUCAUAUUUGUGCACAAUCUCCAGUUUUGUCACAGGGCACAAAUAGUGUUUUCAAAUGCCAUAUAUGCCAGGGCCAUAGUCAGAAGGUAGGAGGCGGGCAAGCAGCCCUCUCUAAGAACACGUGGCAAGGUCUGUUCUGCCACAGGCGCAGUGUGGCUGAGCGUGGGGUAAAUGGGCGCAGUGUGGCUGAGCGUGGGGUAAAUGGGCGCAGUGUGGCUGAGCGUUGGGUAAAUGGGCGCAGUGUGGUUGAGUGUAUUUAGUGAAUGUGAGCACAUUGUGGUUUCUGGUAUAGACACACAAGGUAACUUUACGUAUCUGUGUUUUAGGUGCAUUGUCCAGCGUCUCCUCCCGUAUACUCACUCAGUCAGUUCCACAGUGCGUAGAGGAGGAGUAGUGGGUACACUCCGAAACUGCUGCUUCAACCACAGUAAGUGACAUUACAAACCCUACUAGUGCGCAAGGCACAAACCCCAAAUCUGUUCAAUGCCAGGAAUACUGGGAAAUGAUACAAGCAUUGGUUUAAUAUAUAUAACCGCAGCUUAAUUGAUGAAUGCUGGGUGGCCUUUGUUCGGUUGCCGAACACGUGGCGGCGGCCAUUUUAAAGUCCCGAACGGCCAGCGGUGUUCAGUGCCCGAACUGUAAACGGACACUUAUUUGCGCGAACACCGCUGAGCCGUCAGCCUCCUCGCUUCUGCAUUCGGUCAGUUAACCGAAUGCCUUUUCAUUCGGUAGUUUAAACCGUAUGAACAGCAUUACCCCAGAUAGACAUGUCAUGGAGUCUAUUCAUAUGGAGAACAGACUUUAGGAACACUUUAACUCCACGGCGAUUGGACUGCAUGCAUAGGAUCUGAGCGCUAUUCGGUACUUUUGUGCGCUCAGAUCCCAGCUAUCUGGGGAUGGAUUGCAAGUAUAUAUUUGUGUGUUAAAUGUAAUAUGAUGUAUUUUAUUGUGUUUUACUGUAACCAUGUGGUUAAUGGAGUUUUACCUCUGGGGAUGUUUUACCUCUGUGUGUCUGUCAUUGGUUUAUGUCUGUCCUUUCUCAUAGUCUCCCAUUUGGUCCCCUAGGGGAGUGCCCACCAGGUGGGAGUCCUGCAUAAAUACUGGGCAGGUAGCCCUCAUUAAACCAGACCACUGCUUGACCCUCAACACGGAGCCCUGUCUCCUCUUUGGGGGGAUUAACCGUAUGCUGUUAGAGACUGAUUGCCAGGAGUGUAAGCCGCUUGGGUGCUUUUCCUGUUCGUCUGCUAGCAGCUAUUCGUGAGGUUCCAGUUCGUGAGUUUGGAGUGCUAUUUUGUAUGCAGUUCGGCAGUUUGAAGCAUUCCCUUACAAUUAAUUAAAAUUUACUAAUAGCAUGAUAUAUGACUGGAUAAAUCACGGUCAGAUUUCAAUAUUUAGAAAUCUUAGUUAACUAAAGAAUAUAUAGUUAUAAACAUUCCAUUCUGCAGGUGGAAUUAAGAAUAAUUAUAUAUUAAUGUGAUAGUAUCACGUGUUAGCAUACCGCUCUUUUUAUCCAGGUGUAUUGAUUUGCUCUAAGAUAUCUUUUUAGGCAAAUUAAAAUUCGGCUUUUGUAAAAAUCUGGUAGAUUAUUUUUAUUGGAUGGUUCCAGGAAAUGAUUAACCCCUUAGCGACCGAGGACGGUUCAGGACCGUCUUCGGCAUUUUUGGCUUGCCGACCGAUGACGGUCCUGAACCGUCCUAACGGUCUGGGGGUACUUACCUGAUCGCCGUCGUUCCCCCGGCGGUGAUCAGUGUUGCUCCGGUUGUGGGGAGACUGCCUGCAGCCCAGACAGUCUCCCCACACUGAUUUAGGACCCCUGUGGCCAUGUGAUCGCUUAACACAGCGAUCACAUGGUCACAAUAGGUGUCCAUAGUGCUGCCUGCAGGGGGACUGCCUGUGCUGACAGGCAGUCUCCCUGCUAGUGUAAAAUAAAAAAAAUAAAAUAAAGUUAGUGUUAAUAAAAAAAAUAAUAAUAAUUAUAUAUGUGUAUAUAUGAUAUAUAGACAUAUAAUAUAUCUAUAUAAUAUGUCUAUAUAUCAUCUAUAUAAUGCCAUACUAAGUGUAUUUUUAUAUAAAUAUGUACUUAUAUAAAUAUAAAAAUACACUUAUAAUUAAAUUACACACGUGUAUAUAUAUAAUAUAUAUAAUAACUAUAUAUAUUGUGUAUAUAUAUAAUUAUAAAAUAUAAAUAAUAAGUAAUUUAAAUUAAAUAAAAAAAAUUUAAAAUAAUAAAAAAAUAAAAAAAAAUUAUAUCUAUAUGAAAUUUUAUUCUAACUGUAUUUUAAAAUUAAUAUAUAUAUUUAUAUCAAAAUACACUUAAAAUGAAUUUGUAUAUAUAUCUAUGUAUAUAAAAAUAAAUAAAAAUAAUAAGAAAUAUACAUAUGUCCAUAUACAAAAUUACAUAAAUAAUUAUAUAAAUAUACACGUAGACUUCAAAUAUUUAAAUAUGCAUAUAUAUUUAAAUUCUACGUGCGUAUUUAUGUAAUAGUUUUACAUAAUUCAGUAAUUUUAUUGAUUGCAAUUUAAGGGACCUGCCUGCCACCCCAGGCCGAAAUUCCAGAGAAUUGAAUUUGCUAGCACUGUAUUUUACCCUGUAACGUUCUACGACACCCUAAAACCUGUACAUGGGGGGUACUGUUUUACUCAGGAGACUUCGCUGAACACAAAUAUUAGUGAUUCAAAACAGUAAAACAUAUCACAGCGAUGAUAUUGUCAGUGAAAGUGACUUUUUUUGCAUUUUCACACACAAACAACACUUUUACUGAUGAUAUAAUUGUUGUGAUACGUUUUCCAGUUUUUAAACACUAACAUUUGUGUUCAGCAAAGUCUCCUGAGUAAAACAGUACCCCCCAUGUACAGGUUUUAUAGUAUUUUUGAAAGUUACAAGGUCAAAUAUAUGGGUCAAAUAUUUUUACAUUGAAAAUGGCCAGGUUGGUUACGUUGCCUUUGAGAGCGUAUGGUAGCCCAGGAAUGAGAAUUACCCCCAUGAUGGCAUACCAUUACAAAAGAAGACAACCCAAGGUAUUGCAAAUGGGGUAUGUCCAGUCUUUUUUUAGUAACCACUUGGUCACAAACACUGGCCAAAAUUAGCGUUCAAUUUAGUUUUUUUUACUUUUUUUCACACACAAACAAAUAUGAAUGCUUACUUUGGCCAGUGUUUUCGACUAAGUGGCUACUAAAAAAGACUGGACAGGGGCGUGGCCUAACAGUCAAUGGAGUAGGACGCACUCAUUCCGAGCUCCUAGGCCCCAACCUGAUUUGCCCCGAUUAACCAGCACAGCAACGCCGCAGAAAGCGCACCUCCAUGGGGGGGAAAAAUCGACGGCUACCUACCGCAGCCCAGGUCACUCCGGCCCCUUCCCGACCGCCAGCCGGCCCGAUGGACGAGUUCCUGGCCACGCCGCAUGGCCUCCGCGACACGGGCGAGACCGGAACACCGGCCCUCGAUUCCCCGGGCUCCAGCAUAGCGGGCUCGGCGCGGGAAUCCAGCACCCCUGGCACCCUGUCCCAAAUAUCCGCGGACCUCGCCGCGAUCUCCGCGAGCAUGAUGACCCGGAAGGAUAAAGGAGAAAUGGUGGCUGAGCUGAGGGCCAUAAUAAGGGAGGAAAUAGCGGCUGUGCGCACCGACCUCACGGCGCUGGAGCAGCGAGUAGACAGGUUGGAAGAAGAGCGCAUACAAUCCCAGCAGCACAGACAGGCAGCGGAACUGGCAACCACGAGGCAGGGCAACAUCCUCCUGGACCUCCGCCGGCAGGUUGAGGAUCUCGAUAACCGCGGCCGGCGUAACAACAUCAGAGUCAGAGGCCUGCCUGAAUCCGAGGACGAGGUACCGCAGGAGAUCCUGAAUGGCCUAUUUGCGCAACUACUAGGAGAUGCAGCUCCUGGCGACUUCGGCAUCGAAAGGGCCCACAGGGCACUCCGCGCCCCCAGAAGAGACGGGCAGCCAAGAGACAUGAUUUGCGCCCUCCUGUCAUUCCCGCUAAAAGAAUCUAUAAUGCGGGCAGCACGUGCACAGCAGCACAUCACCUACAUGGAAGCACAAAUAUCCCUUUACCAGGACUUAUCUACCAUCACCCUAGAUGCCCGCAGGGCCCUGCGGCCUCUCACCCGAGCACUUCAGGAGCGACGAAUUCCAUACAAAUGGGGAUUUCCAUUCAGCCUGCAGGCCCGGAUGGGAAACGUAUGGCACAUCAUCCGCUGGCCGAACGACGUGCCACGGUUUUUAAGAACCGUCAACUUACCUGCUAUCUCAGUGCCAAACUGGAUCCUGGAGGGACCCCCGGCGCGAGCCACAGGCCCAUCUGAAGUGGCUCACAACAUCCACCUGGAGCCUGGACCACCAAGACGCAGAGGAGGCCCAAUAGGCCCUGAGGAAUAGAGGCCCCCACGCCGCACGGACCAGUGGCCCCCCAUGAGACAUCCCAUGCCAGAUCAGGGCAUUGCCUCCCGAGCUUACCCCAGCAUUGAUUAUGGACGCCAUGCAGAUCCGAUGACACCACGGCAGGGGUAUGUACUUUUAAGUCCGCUGCCAGCUUGCAUUAGCUAGUAGACAGGGAGGAAGGCCGCAGACAGGUGGGGAGGGAACUGAAGCCACUUUCGGGGAGCGGCCGGGGGCUAGGGCCCCAUCAGCAAACCCACACACCCGGGGCAAAAAGGGGGACAUACCCCGUAGGUGGGGAGGGGAUGAUGGGCAGGGUACAAAGGGUCUGGACACCGACACCAUCACCCAGGUCACACCCUGGGUCAAGACUGCUGAACUGAACAGGCUGCUCUAGCACACCGCUGCUCACGGAACAGAGCUGAGGGGGGGAUGCGGGAGGGUGAGGGCUACGGGACAUGCGGGCACACAGGGCUAGAGCUGGGAGGGGGGCUGGGACAAAGCUGGGCACUUCUUGUUCAUGUUGUUUAGUUAUACACGGUUCCGUUUAUAUCACCCAACACACAUCACAGCCACUCACAUGAGGGGACAACCACGCACAAUCUGCCUCACUGAGACAAGCAAGACGCCAUGUUGGUACACCCCACUACGAAAGCCCAGGCACGCAGAUAACUAUCAUGACGAAAACUCUGGGCGCAGGGAGAGACCACGUCCCAAACCAGCCCCUCUGAAGGGACGCAAACGUGGGAGCUGGCGUGCCACGCCCACAGGGUGGCCUCACAAUGCAGCCCAACACAUGUAGGACUAACUACCCCCAAACAGCGCCCUAACACCCUAGACACGCUGACUUGUUGCCAACGAACUGUAAGUUACCAGGCGGGGAAGGGCAGACACGGAGGGCCCCGGGAUGUCCGGCAGACAAAACCAGUCGAAUCCCCUGACAACACCCGGCCACUAGGACCGGGACGCCAGGAGAGCCGACCGUGACGGGGGGACCCACGGGUACCACUGACCAUAAUGCCGACUGGACCGGUAGGCUUAUCCGCUACCAGACCUCGGGACUGCGGUACAGGACACCACAGCCCGACCGACACUCUAAGUCCCGGGCGACUAUUGCGGACCCCUAGGCUAGAGUAGGCAAACAUGGCGAUUGCACACACCCUUACAGGUUGGGUGCCGAUGGAGAAGGGAGAGAACCAACCUCACUCAGAUCCGAGACCGACUUCACUGUAAGUGACCAUACGGAACCCCCACUGAGACAGACCCACACUGUACAUUACACCGGCGUCCUCGUCGCUGAGGUUACCCACCAGGCUCGAGAACGAAUACACCCGGUACAGGGUCAGAGUCACACCCGCACACCUAGAAGACACGCCAGACCGUUCACAUCACCACCACAGACAGACAGACCCCCCCCACACUCACCACCUUUACACAUACAGACAACGCUGCGGGGACGCCGCCCUGCCGCCGGGAUGGACGCCUCGCGAGGAUUUGUCCUGGCCCAACUGACAUACUGGUCCAAUAAUGUUCAGGGGCUUAACACACCUGAAAAGCGCGCGCACCUGGUAAGGCGCCUAUGGGCCGUGAGAGCCUCCGUGGCGUUCCUGCAGGAGACUCAUCUCCGAGGACUGGACGCCCCCAAACUAGAGAACAGACGCUACCCGCAGGGAUUCUACGCGAACCAUCCGGACGCUAAGAGGGCUGGUGUGGCAAUACUCUUUGCACAGACGACGCCGUUCCAACAUAUAGUAACGCAGGCGGACCCGAACGGCAGAUUCCUUUUCAUUAAGGGUACAAUCAUGGAACACACGUAUACCUUCGCAUGCCUCUACGGCCCGAAUAGAAAGCAGCAUACAUUCCUGGCCCGGACGCUAGCCAAACUGGAGAAAUUCAGAGACGGCCUCUUGGUCAUGGCAGGUGACCUCAACUUACCACUGGACCCCCGCACGGACACCUCCAGAGGACAAACCGCGAUCCCGGCACACUGCAUACGAGCAGCAAUACGAGCUAUACAUAAACACGGCCUGGUGGAUUGUUGGAGGGCAUGUAACCCUGAAGGUAGAGACUACACCCAUUAUUCGACAGUCCAUAAAAACUACAGUCGCAUAGACUAUAUAUUCCUGGCCCAGGAAUACCUCAACCUCCUCCACGACGCACGAAUAGGCAUAAUGGACCACACAGACCAUGCACCACUGACGAUCCGCACGAGCUCCCCACUAUAUAAACCCCGCGAAAGACACUGGAAACUGAAUGAAUCCCUACUGGACGAUGCAGAGUGUAAGAGGGUGACUGCCCAAACCUUAACUGAAUACUUUACUACCAACGAAGAUACGGAGACGCCACCGUUAACGAUAUGGGAAGCCCACAAAUGCGUCAUACGGGGACAUUUCAUCGCCAUAGGCACCAAACGCAAGAAGGAACGAACACGACGUAUCACAACACUGCUAGACCGGAUAGCUGACCUAGAAGGGGAACACAAGACGGACCUCGCAGACAGCACAUACCUCCGCCUGACGGAAGCACGAAGGGAGCUGAAAGCCAUACUAUCACAAGGACUCUUACACACCGCGAGGAAGGCCUCCAGGUAUUAUUAUGAACACUCGAACAAAAGUGGUAGGUUGCUAGCUAGGAUGCUACAAGACAGAAGGAAAGCGCAACACGUUCACAAGAUACGCACGAGCAGUGGAGACACAACCUGCCUCCCAGACGGCAUACUGUCAGCGUUCCGGGAAUACUACGCGGCGUUAUAUAACCAACCACGACUCCACCACGACAGAGACAUAGGUAGCCAUCGAGAACGGAUAACCACAUACCUUCAGAACCACAUCACCCGCCAGCUUACCCCGGACCAGGAGGCGGAACUCGAAAUGCCCUUGACGAUUGAGGAACUAUCUGGCGCAUUGAAAUCAACUAAAGCACACAGGGCCCCGGGCCCAGACGGCCUACCAGUCUCGUACUUACGCUCCUUCAAAGACACCCUGCUGCCCAAACUUCUGAUAGGCAUCAACUCAAUCAGAGAUGGAGGCCAAUUCCACAGAGACACCCUGGGAGCAACCGUGGCAAUAAUACCCAAAGAGGGGAAAGACCCAACAAUCUGCGCCAGCUACAGGCCCAUCUCUCUGAUAAACGCGGACAUCAAACUCUUCGCUAAGGCUCUGGCACUCAGGAUGGCCCGAACGCUCCCGGAUCUGGUGCACCCGGACCAAGUGGGGUUUAUCCCCGGAAGAGAAGCCAGAGAUAACACUAUUCGAGCCCUCAACACCAUCCAUACCGCUAAAACGGGCAAAAAGGAAAUGGUCCUACUAUCCACUGACGCUGAAAAAGCGUUUGACAGGGUGGACUGGGUCUAUAUGUCGGAAACCCUACGACAUUUGGGAUACGGUCCACACCUGCGGACCUGGAUAACGGCUUUAUACACCUCGCCCACAGCCCGCAUAAGAAUAAACGGAGCACUGACUGACUCGUUUGAUAUACAUAACGGCACGAGACAGGGUUGCCCCCUGUCCCCACUCCUGUUUGCCCUCACCCUGGAGCCCUUCUUGGAGGCGGUCAGACAGGACAGGGGUAUCACGGGGUGCAGCAUAGGAGGAAGAGAACACCGGGUAGCGGCUUACGCUGACGACAUGCUCUUCUUCCUGGAGCAACCCAGAACCUCCCUCCCACAUGUCCUGGAGGCGUUUCGACAAUACAAGGAGGUAUCCGGCUUGACGCUUAAUCUAGAUAAGUCAGAGAUAUUGCUGCUCGCACAGGACAACAUCCUCCAACGACACAUCCAAGCACAAUUCCCCUUCAAGAUCUCCACAGCCAAGCUACACUACCUUGGGGUGUGGCUCCCGAGAGAUUUGACACUUAUCUACCGACUGAACUUUGCGCCCUUGCUCACCACCCUACAGCAAGACAUGAAACGCUGGACACCUCUAUACAUCUCGUGGUUUGGGCGCAUCAGUGCCGUGAAGAUGAACAUUAUGCCCAGAUUAUUAUACAUGUUCCAGACACUACCAACGUACCUCCCGAGGGCAUUUUUUCAGACCCUGACGACCGCAGUCAAGAACUUCGUCUGGAACCAAAAACCAGCGCGUAUCCGAAGAGCGAUUCUUGAACGCCCUAGAGGAGAAGGAGGUAUGGGAUUGCCGUCCAUCCUCACGUAUUACCACGCUACCCAUCUGCACAGACUGGUUGAUUGGCAUGCAAACCCCAGUACAAAGCAAUGGGUAGACCUGGAGAAACACCAAGCCCAGGGUCGAAUCCCCGCUAUGCUAUGGCUGGGAGACGCACUACCCAAGGAACUACUUACCGGGAACCCAAUGAUCGACGCCACGCUGAAGGUGUGGUGUAGGAUACGUUACUCCAAAAACCUCACGUCAUCGCCCAACCCACUCACACCAAUAACACACAAUCCGAGGUUAGCGGGAGGGCUAAGCACGGCAGACCUGAAAAAUCUCGGAGCAACGGACUGGGUAUACGCUAGCCAAUGGAAUUCCGGGACGACGCUCAAACCCCUGGCAACGUUGAUGCAGGACCGUAGGCCCAGUGGCCUAGACACAUUCCGAUAUCACCAAGUGAAAACAUACCUCGACGGCAUUGCGGGUAAAGGCCACCUACACCGCCCAUUGCUGAUGAUGGAACAUCUAUGCACGGCCAGACAACAUCUCUCACAUGGAGUUUCACACCUCUAUACCGCGCUGCUAAGCGACGGUGAUAAGAGCCCCCUAGGCUUCACAUCGCGAUGGGAAAGAGAGACCGGGAUGGAACUUACGGAAAAGGAAUGGCUUAAAAUCUUUCAACUAACACACAGGGGGACCAUCAGCUCCAAGUUCCAAGAAUGCAACUACAAAAUUCUAACAGGAUGGUACCGGACGCCAGAUAUCCUGCAGCACGUACAUGAGUCAAUUUCAAACGAAUGCUGGAGAUGCGGCACAGGAAUAGGAACCAGCAUUCACAUCUGGUGGACAUGCCCACGUAUCGAACCGUUCUGGAGGAUGAUACAUCAGACGACCAAAGACAUCACGGGCUCAGACGUCCCAUUCCAACCCAUGCCACUACUUCUCAACCACACGCGCACGCCGGUGAAGAUCUACAAGAAAGGAAUCCUCAUACACCUACUCACGGCAGCGAAGUCGCUCAUCCCACUCCAUUGGAAAAGCUCGACGAUUCCAACCCUGCAACAAUGGGUAGAUAGGGUGGAGAUGAUAUAUAACAUGGAGAUGAUGACAGCCUCCCUGCAGGGACGCCAGGAAAAAUGCGCUUUGGUGUGGUACCCAUGGAUGGACUACACAUCAAAACGGGCAGGAGGACGUGACCCGGUGGAGAGGGACGGCGCCCCCGCACCAAUACAACCCACCCAACAGAGCUCUGCACAGACACAGGCAGUACCAGACGAGUAGAUUGCACCCUCAGCACGACGGAGACACACUUCCUACGCGACCCCCCCCCCCACCCCUCCUACCACAUGACACAUUGACACACAAAAGACCCGGAGGGACACAACCCCCGGGGGCACGCAGACUGACUUAAGGCUCCGCACAAAGUGGAAUCUAUGAGUGAGCAGAGACAGGGACAGAGGACCAUGGGUCACGGGAGGGGAGGAGUGACCCACUAGAGCGACAUAUAGACCAAUACACUAGGGGACGGAGGGAAGAGAGAGACCGGGACGUAAGGAACAUGGACUCACCCCCACCCCAGACACAAGAAGCCACGACCGGAGCCAGUAGCACCCGGCCCUGACCACGCCAACUAACAACUGGGGCAGCCGCAGGUGGCAUAUAUAACCCCACACACACACCGAACCCAGCGAGACCCAAGAUAAGAGAUAACAACCUAGAAUUAGGUAUCCAGAAGAGUCACGGGGACCAGGCUACAGGCCCCAGGGAUGAUAUGAUCACACCCACCGCACGAGCGACUCAAACCAGGGGCCUGAGGUGACGACACGGCAUCUGACACAGACCCCACACACCGCACAACGACAGAACAAGACAUCACAGGAUAACCCUACAUAUACUAGCUGCGCCCACGGACAACCUAGGCCAACUACCCCCAGGGAAAACCUAAAACAGAUCGACUCAGGGAAACUAGGGGGUAACUACACGGUCACAGGGGCAGAAUAAUUGGCCCCCUCAUGAUUUAAGGCUGAGCCCAUCCACACCAGGCUCAUUACGACCUAAACCAACACACAAAUCAAACACGAACCAGACUGGACCCCCAUACAAAGCCCCAGACGGUACCCCUCCAAAGAAGGACACACGUAGACAGACAUAACACGGAUUGGGACAAAGCUCUAUAUCCAUCAACCUGGCACUAGAAACACGAACAAAUCACCACGUACGAGGCUGGGGACAAAGACGAACUGCACCACACAUAGACGGAGACUACCACACCUCUUAAGUACCAUAGGUCACACUAGACCCAAUAAGUAAGUGAGGGGAAACCUUGCACUGAGCCAACCUCUCUAUUAGGGUCCUACCUACAACUGAGGAAGCUCAGAUACCAAUGCAGGGUUGUACAACUCCCCCUCUGACCCACGAGCACAAUACAGAGCGGUUGAAACAACCCACCCGAAAACUUGCACGAAUCUUGUGGAGCAACCACAAACUCCAUUCGCACCCGACCACAGAGGGGACUAACCCCAUACAGGGCUAACGACAGAACACAACACAAAAGAACGCUCACUGUAAUAAUGAAGCCAAACACCCAAAUUCAAUUUAUUAUCCAGUAGAUGAAACUAUCUUGAUGCUGUAAUACACAUAACUGACCAGUUUAUAUGUUACCACAUGUUAAUUUAUAUUGGAUAUACAUGCUGUGAUUGAAUAUUGAAAAACUUAAAUAAAGAAUGUCAAAAAAAGACUGGACAUACCCCAUAUUGAAUACCCUGGGUUGUCUACUUUAAAAAAAAUAUGUACAUGUGGGGUGUUAUUCAGAGAUUUAUGACAGAUAAUAGUGUUACAAUGUCAUUAUUGAUAAAUUUAAAAAAAUUUAUGUUUUGAAACCGCAAUAUUCUACUUGUACCUAUAGCCCUAUAACAUGCAAAAAAGCAUGUAAACACGGGGUAUUUUUAAACUCAGGACAAAAUUUUGAAUCUAUUUAGCAGUUUUUUUAAUUCGCUUUUGUAGAUGAGUAAAAGAUUUUUCAAGUAAAAGUCAAAAAACAUGUAUUUUUUUUCAAUUUCUCAUCAUAUUUUUUAUUUUUUUUUAAUUAAAAUACAUGAGAUUAUAUAAAUAAUGGUAUGUAAAGAAAGCCCCUUUUGUCCUGAAAAAAACAAUAUAUAAUUUGUAUGGGAACAGUAAAUGAGAGAGCGGAAAAUUCCAGCCAAACACCACAAAAGUGUAAAAAUAUGCCUGGUCGCAAAUGUACAACAUCGCAAAAACAGUCCAGUCCUUAAGGGGUUAAUGAGCUGGUCUGAAUGUUAUUUUAAUUGAAAAUUACAUGAGAAUAGGAUAUUAUAUGCCUAGGAGGAUCUAGCCAGCAUUGAAAGGGUUACUCAGUUGAUUUAACUGUUAGCCAAGGUUUUAUGGCUUUUCGCUGUGUGAAGCUUUACUUUUUGUCUAUAAAGUACCCUCAUAAAUCUUAUUAAGUGACAGGAGAUGCUGUUAGCCAUUGGAACGUGUAUAGCCAUACCAUUGUAUUGCAUACUUAUGUUAUACUAAAUAUUCACUGAUUAUUAUCAUGCAUGCUGCCUAAUAUUGUUUAAUUUGUUACAAUAAAUUAAAUCUAUUUUUAUAACAAAUUGUGAUUUUAUUUGUAUGGAAUACAUUUCACUUACAUGAUAAUGAUCUCUAAGAUCUAAGAGAAUUGAAAUAGUGGGCAAUUCUUGACUGUUUAAUAUCAUCCCAUAAAUAUCCCCACAAUAUGAUCAGGUUUUGUGUAUUGUGUUAAAGGUUGUCUGUUCCCACUCCCUGGUGGCGCGCCCUCUGUCGCCAUACUACGCAUGCUGACACCUGAAUCUGUUGGUGCAUGUCUGACACCUACUCUAAGCGGGGACUGCACAAAUAAAGCCAGGCCUUUUCUCAGAAACCGCGCUAUUUUCAACUGCCGGGGACUCACUGUGCCUCGAUCCUUUCAAGACCGCGCUUUUAGUUCUGACUGUCACUAUGCCCUUUAUACUACUGAAUAUAACUUUUUUACCUGUUUUGGGGAGUUGCUGAACUGAUCAUGCAAGUAGGUAACUGGAUCAGCUUCUGCUGGACCUCCAGGACGUCCCCCAGCAAAGCUUCGUGGUAACGAACAUCUUAUGGAGGAGCUUCCAUAGUCGGUUCUGCUGUGAUUGUGCAAUGCUCACAUGAGCUCUUACAGUCUAAAGGCCAGCUAAAUGCCCUUCUCUAUAUGCACAAUUCUCUUCUCUCCGUUGCCUUUAGUUGUCAUUUCAGCUCAGAGUAAUGGAUGUCCUUCACCUUUUUCUUUUUAUAUUUGGCCUCUUUCAGGAGAUCACUCUUGGCUUCUUGGAGAAGAUGUGGAUUUGCUUCCGUUCUUGUUGUUGCCGUUGGCCGGAGGAGAAGAAUACUCUGAGGAGGAAAUGGAGAGUAGGUUUGGGGGUUGCAUUGAAGGGAGGCAACCUUGGGCAAAGGGGAUUGGUCUACAUGGACUUAAUUCAUGAUUCCAGCAUGUCACUGUCCUCAUUAAAUAGCAGCUACAGAAGAUUAACUGAUAGAGUGCCAUGUCCUGAGUUUAACCUAUCAAAAAUACAAAAUGUGGUUUGCUUUUGGACAGUGGCGUAUACACGAUCAAUGGGGCUCUGGUGUGAAAAUUGAUCCGUGGGCCACCUCCCCCGGUGCUUACUCUGCGCGGACCGGGGCCGCAACACAUGGCGGCGGGCACCUGGUCGCAGCGCUGCGACUGUGGAAUGUACGCCAGUGCAUGCAGACACAAACACUUAAACGACCACUAUAGACACUCAGAUCACUUCAGCUCAAUGAAGUGGUCUGGGUGCCAGGUCCCUCUAGUUUUUACCCUGCAGCUGAAAACCGUUUUCACUAAGGGUUAAUCCAGCCUCUAGUAGCUAGAGGGGCUUCCACGAUUCUCACUGUGAAAAUCAGUGAGAAGACACUGGCCGUCCAUAGGAAAGCACUGAGUAAUGCUUUCCUGUGGGCAGUUUGAAUGCAUGCUCUUGCCGCACAUGCGCAUUUAGAGCUGAGAGGCGAAUCAGGGCAGAGAGAUCCCCAGUGCCAAGGGAGCCCGGCGCUGGAGAAAGGUAAGUGCUGAAGGGGUUUUAAUCACACUCACGAACAGACGCAUACACACUAGCUGACAGACACACACUCAGUGACAGACAUACAUACUCACUUACAAAACAUACACUCUCACUGACAAACACACACAAACUAACACACUCCGUAACACACUAACACACAAACUCACACACACUGACAAUAACAGACACACAAACUAACACACAGUAACACACACAAAAACUAACACUCACUAGCAGACACGCACUCAAUAAAAGACACACACUGACACACAAACGAACACUAACACACACACUAACAACAUGCCCUGGAGUCUGUGUCUGGGAGAUAAUACUUUGCUCAAACUAAUUAUCUCCCAGGCACUAGAGGUACAAAAUACCCCAAAAUAAAUACAACACAUACAGGAACCCCCACAAAUAGGAUAUCUGGAGAUAGCCUGGAUCUGAGCGCCCAAGUUGUUCAAAUAGCGCUCAGAUCCCUCAAACACAGCCGAAUCGCUACCAGGGUAAAGUUUUGACCGACCGCACACGUGGUGUCUGCCCAAAUCAGUUACAGAGUGUGACGAAUGCCCUUGGGUCUGGUUGUUUGCCACGAGCUCCUGGAGGAGCUUGUUUGCCAGCCUCCUGCCGCAGUGUUAUGUGCUGUAGGGGAGGGCAUUGGGCUGUCCUAAAAAGUGCAUUUAUGUCUAUGUACUCGGUUGAAUGUUCACUUGUAAUAUGUGAAGUGUAUGUAGCAUUCGUCUUAUUGUUCAGUAAAAUCACUCCAGUUCUUAUGCAAAUGAAACUACUGAACAUUCAGACCACCCCAGGGAGAAGCGUGCCUCCAAUUACCAUUUGCAACAAUGUUGCAAAUGGUAAUUAGUGAUUCAUGUAAUGUGUGUUUUGUCCUCUGGGUGGCCGCCCUUCGGGAAACGAACACGUGGCGACCAAUUUCGGCUGUUACUUCCUGUGCGGUCGGUCUUUUUACUACUUCCAUCAAUCUCCCGAACCCCUGGUCUGGGUGAUUUUUGGAUAUGUUUUUCACCCAGAUCAGGGCUACCAGGGGAUAUAAUAAUUAAAGGGGUACCCCUAUGUUUAGGGGUAUAUCCAGAAACCUAGGAAAUGUGUGUACUGCAUAAGUGGAUUAUGAGUCAGGCUAAGGGGAGGGAAUGUGUGGGCGGUAACUCAUGUAUGAUUGGCUACUGUAAUAAUUAUUGUAAAUCCCUCCCUUGCAUGGGAGAAUGCUUUAAAAGAAGGUGAAGUGAUUAAAAGUUCAGUUCUGCUCCUGAUGCUGUAUGUCGUCCAGUCAUUGGGAUCUGUAUGGGGAUAUUCUUGGAUUACCUUGUUUGCUGGAAUUAUUACUUCAUGGGAUUUUUUACUACUUGUUCCUGAGCCUCACUUGGAUCUUUAGUGGAGUUAACCUGUGGAAUACCAGGCCUCCGCUACAUUGGUUGGCAGCGCUGGGAUUCAGACUCAGAGGAACAAAUACCAAUGGAGUACGGAUGGAGAUUGGCUAUUUCACACUAAAACGCUUCACACUAAAACGCUCCACGCUAAAAGACCUCCUGGAAGUGAGGGGCAUUCAAGCCAGCAAUAAAAAGAAAGCAGUACUUAUUACAGAACUAAUGGCGGAAUACCGAACAGAUGGCGGUUCGGUUCCCGAACAGGGGGAUUUGGCGGAAAGACAGGAACAAAUGGAGUUCCAGAGACAGCUACAAUUUAGGCUGUCUUUUUAUGGAGAAAAUCCACCAGCGGAGAUUUCCAGGACAAUGACGGAGGUCCAGGAGUUUAUACUGAGGCAAAGGAUAACAGCAACCCCAGAACGCAGCACUGCAGUAACCAUGGUACAAGAGGGUAAGCCAAAAAUACCUUAUCAAGCAUUCAAAAUGUAUGUAGAGGCAGAGGAAGACAUAGAUGCAUUCCUUCAGGAUUUUGAAAGACUGUGUGCCUUGCAUAGGAUCAGGGCAGAAGACUGGGUUCCCAUUUUGGCUGGGCGUUUAACCGGGAGAGCAGCAGAAGCUUAUCGUACUGUACGAGACGAGGAAAUCCGGGAUUACAGUAGAGUGAAAAAUUAUACUGGCCCGGUAUGCCAUAACACCAGAGGCAUACCGAAGGCGGUUCAGGGACUUAAAGAAAGCCGAGAGACUCGCAUGCUGAGUGGGCUUGCAGAUUACAGCGGGCGGCCCUCGGAUGGGUGCAAGCUAGCAAAGCACGGUCCAUGGAGGACGUAAUACAAAUGUUGCUGAUUGUGACGAGACCAAUCUCACCACAUUGCAUUGGAGAAGCCUGGUUGCUCGUCUGCUGCCUUUGGACUAUGACCCCCUGUUAAAAGACAUCUUUUUUUUUUACCUGCAGAAAAGCUUCAUUCGUGCUUUUCUGCCUGGGGUUCGGUAGAUUUGUUUGAAUUUGUUAUACCCCAAAUAGGAAUCCCAUGGAGCCCAUUCGUAUGAAACUGACUGUAAAGACUUUGGCUCCAUGGCGAUUAAACUGUAUUCGUGUGGUCUGAGCGCUAUUCACUUAAUAAUGUGCACUCAGACCUGAGCUAUCUGGGGAUAUGUUACAUGUCUGUGUUUUAUGUAAUAAAUGUUACUUUAUGUAUUUUAAAGUAUAAUACUGGUUUUGUGUCCCCACAUGUGUAAUGGAGUUUUGCCUUUGUCUUGGGAGAUAAUUGAGUUACUUCCCAAUUAUCUCCCAGGGCAGAGGGGAGGAAGCCAGGAUGCAUUGUGGGAAUAUAUUGUGACUGUGUGUCCUAUUUGUCUGCUUGUCUGUCCCUUGUCACAGUCUCCCAUUUGGUCCCCUAGGGGAGUUUCCACCAGGUGGGAGACCUGCAUAAAAGCCGGGCAGGUAGCCCUCAUUAAACAGUCCACUGCUUGACCCUCAACACGGAGCCUUGUCUCGUUCUUGGGGGGAUUCACUGUAUGCUGUUAGAGACUGAUUGCCAGGAGUGUAAGCUGAUUGUCUGCUUUUCCUGUUCGUCUGCUAGCAGCUAUUUGGGAGGUUCCAGUUCGGGAGUUGGAGUGCUAUUUUGUAUCCAGUUAGGGAGUUUGGUGUUCUGCAGUAGCUGUGCCUGUAUCUCUGGAAAGGGGGCCGAUCGCCUAAACGGUUUUUACCCCUUAUGUGCAAAACGGUCCGUUACACUGAUAUAACAAUUUUAUGAUGGGCUAUCGACCGAUGUACAAGAAUGGGUAAGGGACCGUAACCCUACAUCACACAGAGGCUGCUGGAUGCUCGCAGGCAACAUAAACCAGAAGUCCCAAAGACAACAUUAAAAACCUUUUGGGGGGGUUCAAACUACCCCACAGUUCCACCAUGACAACUACCACCACCAUGAUUCUGCCAGCCUAGCUCUGUGCAAUGUCACCACUGCCAGAAAUGGGGCACUGUAAACGAGAAUGCCCACAACUCCGGGACCGAUCCACCUGGAUCCGUCCAGGACCACCACCACCGGGAGCAGCCGCACACCACUACCAGGAGGAGACACCCGCCGCCUAUGGCUCCGCAGUCCCCGUCACUACAAUAGAACAGUGGGAGGUACUUCGUGAAGCCAACCCGCUACAAGCCAAUGCAGAUAAUCGCAAACACCACAGGCAAACUACAUAUCUGGAAGGAAAAGCAGUGCAGGGGCUUCGAGACUCAGGAGCCACCAUAACCCUGGUAAAAAGCCACUUGGUCUCUGACAAGGCCAAGGCAGUCAGGGUUGCUGGGGGAGCCGUCUACCUGCUGAAUACCGCAAACGUACAUUUGCAUUGGGGAGCGGGGUCGGGAAAUGUAGAGGUGCGGUUGAUGCCACAAUUACCCACAGAGGUGGUACUGGGAAACUAUUUCCUAUCGGCUUUUGAGCCCCAAACCACAACCACGGAGGAAGCACAUCCAGUGGUCACCAGGCAACAGGCCCGCACCCAGGACUACAACACACUGCCGGAGGUUCAGGUAAGAGAGCCUUCCCCUUCCCUAGAUUGUGUACCCUGGGCCCCUCCUAACGAAUUUGCGGCAGAGGUGAUCACUGACCCUACCAAAAAGGUAUAUAGAGACAAAGUCACCUCUGACCAACCUGGGGCGGAGGGGGAAAGAUUUGUAUGGGAGGGACGGCUGUUCUAUCGGGAGUCAGAUAAGCAGGUAGCUGGGUCAGACCCGAUUUUGUUUUAAGGCAGUUAGUCGUACCACAGAGGUACCGAGCCGAAUUGCUCCGUAUAGCUCACAAUAUUCCGCUAUCCGGGCAUUUGGGGAUCAGUCAUACCCGAUACCGACUGACCCAAAGUUUCUUUUGGCCAGGAGUUAGCCAGGAGGUACAUAAGUAUUGUACCUGCGAUACAUGCCAGAGGGUAGGGAAGCGGGGAGACAGGCGGAAGGCAAAGUUGCAUCUGCUACUAACAGAGGAACCAUUUCACAGAAUAGCGGUAGAUAUCAUAGGCCCCCUUCAGAAACCUAGCCCUUCGGGCAAGAAAUAUAUUUUAACUGUUGUGGAUUACACCACCCGAUAUCCAGAGGCGGUGGCCCUGACCAAUAUACACUCCGAGGCCCUGAUGAAGAUUUUCUCCCGGAUGGGGUUACCCAGGGAGAUCAUCUCGGAUCAGGGUAGUCAAUUUACCACAGAGUUCACUCAGCAACUCUGGAGAUUUUGUGACGUUAAACCGAUCAUCAGUGCCCCAUACCAUCCCCAGACUAAUGGGCUCUGCGAACGGUUCAAUGGUACAUUAAAACGCUCAGAACCUUCGCCAAGACCCACAGGGAUUGGGAGCGAUUCCUGCCUCACCUUCUCUCUGCUUACCGGGAGGUGCCGCAGGAGUCCACCGGGUUUUCCCCACUUGAGCGGUUAUUUGGGAGGAGAGUAAGAGGGCCCCUAGACCUUAUUGGAGAACAUUGGGAGGGAGACCGGAGCGCAGACGGUACCCCCAUUGUACCCAAUGUAUUGGCGCUCCGAGACCGACUGGAGACCUUAACUAAGACAGUAAAGGAAAACCUUCAGGCGGCUCAGACGCGCCAACGCACCUGGUAUGAUUGGGGCGCCAGGGACCAUAGUUUCCAGGUUGGGCAGAAAGUUUUAAUUUUAAAACCUGUCCAACAUGAUAAGCUACAGGCCGCCUGGCAUGGCCCUUAUAAAGUGGUGGAACAGAGAUGUGACACAACUUACAUAAUUGGCCCCUGCACCGGAACUGGAGGGCGACGCAUGCUCCAUGUUUAAACGCCUGGUAAGGAAUUUUUGUAUUACCCUCUUGUACCAUAGAUACUGCUGUGCUUCUCUCUGGUGUUUGUCGCCCUCUUUGCCGCAUUAUAAAUUCCUGGACCUCUGUCAUCGUCUUGGAGAUGAUUUCUAUCGGUGGAUUCUCCCCAUAAAAUGACAGUCUGAAUUGGAGCUGUCUUUGGAACUCUGCCUGCUCCGUUCCAUCUGUUGCAUCCCUCUGUUCGGUGACCGAAUCCUCCUCUGUUCGGUACUCUGCCAUUACUUCCGAAAUGAGUGUUGCUUUUGUUUUGUUGCUGGCUGGAAUACCUCUUGCUUCCAGCAGAUCUUUCAGUGUGGAUCGCUUUAAUGUGGAGUAAUCAAUCUCCAUCAAUCCUUGUUCCUUGUGAGUCUGGAUCCCACCCCCUCCCAGUGAGGCUCAGGAACAAGUAUUAUAAAUCCAUAAGGCAAGGUUUCCAGCAGGCAAAAUAAUCCAGCAAUAUCCCAACCGCAAUCCCAAUGACUGGACGACACACAGCAUCAGGAGCAGAACUAAACUUUUAUUCACACAGUGGCCUUAUAAAGCAUGCUCCCAUGCAAGGGAGGGAUUUACAGUAAUUACUACAGUGCCCAAUUGUAACGGAGCUCCCCGUACUCCGACCGAGUACCCUCAGUUGAUGGACGCCACCUAGCUUGUACCGAGGACCAUAAGCAUCGCAGACUCCACAACCGCCGUAGCUUAACUGGAGCCUCGCCGUCUUCCGUCCACCCUGGAGCGUAACAGGAACAGCUCUUAAAAGAGCUAAGUGAUUAAAAGCUCAAGGGAGUAUGCAGAGCAUAGCAAUCCCCAGUGUGAUAUAGCACGUCCCUUCAAUAACGAGACAAAGCUACGUAUUGAGGGUCAAGAAGAUCUGUAUUACUUGGCACCAAAGGGCCUUCUUUUAUGCAGGUUUUCCCUACAUAGGACCACCCACAGGGUUUUACAGAAUAACCAAUAACAUACGUACAUUACAGAAAACACUCCCAGCAAUUACCCACAAAAAUCCUCCCCUCUGCCUGUGAUCUAAUUAUGGCACAUAAUUAUCACAAGCAGGAAAAAUACAGUUUUUAUACAUACACUGUAACUCUAAAACCAUACAUCCAAUCUUCAUAAAUAUUAUUAAUCAGCACACUUUAAAUAUAAACAUACUCAAAAAUCAGCCAAAUCCAUCCAGGGGUUAAAAAGUUAGCUGGAGGUCCCUUUAUGACCGACCUCAAGCACAUUUUCCUGCCCAAAACAGUUCCAUAGAUUUGGGCUGUGCGGUCGGUCUAUUUUGAGCUGAAAAAACGACUAAGUCCCAUCUCCAAAUGGGGCUUAGUCUCUGCGGCUGUAAAAUCAUUGUGGGAGAAGGUAAGGCUUAGCGGUGUUCGCGGAAAUGUGCAGCCGAUUUUAGUUCCAUGAAUUUGGCUACACAUACCGCUGACCUCGUGCGAAUGAACAAAGAUGGCCGCCGCCACGUGUUGGGCAAACGAACAAAGGCCACCCAGCACUGUCAAUUGGGAGGUAAAUUGCCAACACACUCCCAAUAGAGGUGGUCCGCCUGUGUGGUACUUGGUUCAGUAAGCCCCAUUUACUGAACCAAGUGGGAGAAAGCUAGGGACAAGUUAUUUUACAGGUCUGGGGACAUAGUCUUAAAGGGGCAUUGUUCACCAAAGUCACAAUAUGUCCCCAGACGGUUUUUAAAGGGCCAUAUACACACACACACACACACACACACACACACACACAAUAAAAGUCCAUAAGUGUUCAGGGGCACAAUCUCCCAGGGGCCAUCGUCAUGCGGAAGGAGGCUGGCAAUUAGGCUUCUCCACAACCCAGGGAGGCAGGGCCAUUUGUCAUUUAAAGGGCCAGUUACAAAUUGCAGUUUGUAACACCAAUCAUACUCGAGUAACCUCCCACACAUCUCCUCCCCUUAGCCUGACUUCUUAUACAGUACACAAAUUCCCCCAGUUUCUGGAUGUACCCCUAAAUUUAGGGGUACCCUUUUAAAUGUCACAUCCCCUGGUAGCCCUGAUCUGGGUGAGGAACAUAUCCAAAAAUCACUCAGAUUGGAUCAGGGGUUCGGGAAAUCUGUGGAGGUAAUGAAGAAAAGACCGACCGCGCUGGAGAGAACAGCUGAAAUUGGUUCCAUGAUGUAACGGCACCCUCAGCAUCAAAUGUACAAACCGCCAUUUAGUUAAUCCUCCACUCUCACCAUAACGCAAGCUGCGUUCGUACCAACUAAAAUCAAACAGACCGCAAGCAGGGGAAUACUCCAAUCUCCCGAAUGGGACCUGUUCGGGUACUUCACUUCCCAAUCAGUAAACUUACGAAUCGCCGUUAACAGCCAAAACCAUAUCUCCCACGCGGCUAAUAAUUCCAUCCUGCAGUCGCUAUUUGUGUAGUAAAUUCCCCUCCAAUAACGAGACCAAGCUCUGCAUUGAGGGUAAAACAUGAACUGGGUUUACUGUGGGCUACCCGCCCGUAUUUAUGCAGGUCUCCCACUUGGUGGACACUCCCCUAGGGGACCAAAUGGGAGACUGUAAUGGCAGAUGGACAUACAGCAUUACAGGACACACAGGCACAUAAUAUUCCCAGCAUGCAUCAUGGUUUCCUCCCCUCUGCCCUGGAGAAAAUUGAGAAGUAAUUCAAUUAUCUCUCAGGACAGAGGCAAAUCGCCAUUUUAGAUACAACCCAAAAAACACGUAAAAAUACAUAACUUUACAAUUGCCGAACAUUUCUCAUUCGUGUAACACAUCCCCAAAUAGCCUGGAUCUGAGUGCAUAUUAUUGGCGAAUAACGCUCAGAUCCCAUACGCAUAGUUCAAUCGCCAUGGAGUCAAAGUCUAUUACAGUUCUUCGGUAUGCGAUUGACUCCAUCUGGGUUAAGUCCAUUCGUGAGUUUCAAACUCCCAACGGCCGGUGUUCGUAUACUUUUGUCGAUUGAGAAGGGAGGUCUGUGGCUUCAGCCGUGUUCAGCAGAAAAAGUGUCCGUUGUCAGUUCCAUAGAAUCUGUGCCGAACACCGCUGGUCUUUCGCUUUGUUUAAAAUGGCCACCACCUCGUGGUCGACAUACGAACGACUACCACCCUGCAUUCGGUUUUAAUUGAGAGGUGUCUGCAGUUAACCACAACGUUCUAAUUGGGAUCAAGAGGUUAACCACCAGUACGCUUCUCUUCUGGGUGGCCGUCCGUUCGGUAGUUUUGUUCGGCAGAAAAGUCAAUUAAACGAACAGGGGCAUACGAACAGGUAAUUCCACGAAAAGGCAAAACAGACGAACCAGCAGUCCCAGUCUAUACAGAUGGAUCUGUCACACAUGAGAUGGGGGGCCCUGCGGUCGGUCACAGUGUAAGGGAACAAACUGCACGAAAUGCUAGUGUUACAGUGAUCAGGGAGGGUUCGCAUGAAUCCCCUCGUUCGGUUGUUUCUUUCUACCGAACGGGGGGCUGUUCAGUAGUUUGGAAGCGAAUACAAGGUUGGUGUGGAGGUCUCAGCGGUGUUCGCCUAGCCAAGUGUCCGAUUUGGGUUCCAGACACUCGACUGCAAAACACCGCUGUUCAGGAGUUUUAAAAUUGUUGCAACCGGUAAUUGGAGGCACACUUCACACUGGGGAGGUCUGACUGUUCGGUAGUUUAUCUCAUUUCUAGAGUGAUUCUACUGAACAAUCAGACGAAUACUGCAUACAUUUUCACAUAUAUCGUUACAAUUCAACCGAAGACAUUAAAAUACAUGUAAUUUCCAGGACAGCCCAGUGCCAUCCGCUACAUACACUGAAAAGGGCUCUGUUUGUGUGAUUUGGGACCGAACAACCGUACGCACCAGAGACCACCCGGGAGCUUGUUAAGACCAAUUGACACUUUGUAGCAAGUUCCACCGCAGUGCUCUAAUUGUAUGGCUGGGUGGCUGCAUUUCGUAUGAACGACCACAAUGUGGCGGCCCUCUUGUUCCCGCGAACGCAGGCAGCAGUGUCUGGGCAUCAAUCUCCUGGAACUAAAAUCGGACACGUAAACUCCCAAACACCACUGGACUGCCAUCAUCGCCUGCCUUCAGUUCUAUACAACUUAGAAGGGCACUGUUUGGUGGAAACGUUGCCACGAACAAGGUGAACAAGCUCCAGAGUACAACUAUAGAUUCCGUUUGAUAGUUUGUUCGUUUUUAAACUACCGAACUUGACCGACCGUUAGCACUGAUUUCAUGAAACUGUUUUGGGCAUAGGACCAUGUGCAUGGUCGGUCAAAAUGAUGACUUCCAGGGAAAUCCCGAACACCUGAAUCGAUCUGGGUGAUUUUUGUAUAUGUUGGUCACCCGGAUCGAGGUUAUCAACUAAUGUGACUUUCGUGGGGUUUUCAUUUGUUUUGGGGGGGUUUUGUUAUAUUGCCUGUUUCUGUACUGAGAGAUAAGUAAAUUAUAUGUUUGUGUGCUCAGGUAAUUAUCUCUCAGGCACAGUGGAGGAGUAUGUUAGAUGUUUGCUUGUAACUAGUCUCCUCUCAGGUCCAGGGGAGUGAUUAUCCUGUGUUAUGGGUGUGUUUGACUGUGUCUAAAUUGUAUAAAAGCAGGCCAUCUGGCCAGAUUAAAGCAUUCCAGCUUGUGCUCCCAGAACUGUCGUCUGGUUACUGGAAGAAGAAAGGGCUAAUCACUAUUCCAGUGUGGAGGAUUCAACAGGGAAAGUCCUUGUAAGGACUAGAGCUUCCAGGACUGAGUGUCGUCCAGUGCCUGGGGGUGGAUAGAUCGUGUUCCCCAUUUGGCUCCAGGAGGGAGCGGUCCCAGGACCCCAGUCAAUCCACAGCAACUGUGGGCAGAAGUGCUGUGGUUUGUCCCCUGUUCCAGCUAGGAAGCGGUCCUUGGCGGAGGUACCCAGAGAAUCAGUGGUAGCGGUCAGUCAUUUUCGGGAGUUCCAAAACCGAACAAAAAGACAAACGGUUCCCAUGGCUCAUAGGUCGCGAUUGUUCGUGUGAACAAUCCUACCAGAAAGCGCUCUCCUGGCUUGUUGUGGGAAGAGGCAGGCUGGAGUCUUAUUCCAUGAAUUGAUCCAUCCAGGCUUUACCUGUGGAGUCUUAUGCCAUGAAUUGAUCCAUCCGGGAUUUACCUGUGGAGUCUUAUGCCAUGAAUUGAUCCAUCCGGGAUUCACCUGUGGAGUUUACUGCAAUGAAUUGAUCCAUCCGGGAUUCACCUGUGGAGUUUACUGCAAUGAAUUGAUCCAUCCGGGAUUUACCUGUGGAGUCUUAUUCCAUGAACUGAUCCGCUCGGGAUUUACCUGUGGAGUCUUAUUUCAUGAAUCAAUUUAGUUUUGUUGUCGAUUUUAAAAGGAAUUUAAUUUUAAAAAUGUCAAACUUUUUUUUUUUUGCCAAAUCUAUGGAGUACUGCCCCCUUUUGGCCGAUGCUAAAUGUGAUCUAUCAACAUGGAAUCUCCCCCAUUUCUGGUUAGAUAGUAUUCAAACCCUUAAAAUACCUUCCAUGCUUUGUAAAAGAAUGCUGUGUAUUGGCAAAUCAGAAAAUAGACAAACUGCAUUCGUCACAGUCCUGGUGUAUAUGGGCAGGGAUGAAGCCUUGUCUGAAACUCCAUUAAACUAACCUCACUCCACUAUAUACCCUACCAUAAGUGUAUACCCUACCACUUCCAUUCCCAUUCUAUUUCUCCACGGCUAUCCAUCUGACCCAACCCCAUGUCACUACCAAACUCCAUACAUCACCAAUUCUUCCUGUUUGGCCUAGAAAGAUCUUUGUAAAGAAUGAACCCCCUGACUGCUGAGAUUUUGCAUCUAGGAAUAUCAACCCUUUUCAUUAAUGCCUCCAUAUUGUAUAAGGAGUAACCCACCUAUCCAUAGACCUUUAACACAACUUGGAACCCUCUGCUCGAUGCAGGUAGACCUCCACUUGAUCUUCAUAAUAUACCACCUUUCCUAAACCUUCUCUAUUCCACCUAUAUUACCCUGUGUAGGGGAAUUUGGUAUUCUCACUCCUGCUGAAUGACUGAAAAUAUCCAUCGUUCCCCACAAAGUCUCCUGUAGCAGCCGUUAUUAAGAAACCAAUGCUAAAUUCCUUGCCAGGUGGUAUAUGUCCACAUGCCUUUGACAUAUAUGUUCCUGACACCUGUUAGUAUUGUGGGCAGGCCACCAGUUCAGUCCUCCAUUUGUGGUGGUCCUGCCUCAGGUUAGGGGUUUCUGGACUACGUGGUUUGAAAAAUAAGUUUUGUUAACCUCAUAAUUUUUUUUAUUUUUUUUUUAUGUAUACAGACCCAAGUGCUGCUGCUCCAUAUCAAUCUAUCCAUCCAAGACAUGUUCCACACAACUCCAUGCUGCUUAGCCUCUCAUUCUGCUAUAUUGGAGGAGUUGAACCUCCAUCUAAAAUAAAGGAAAAUAGACUCUGGUAGGAAUUAACAGCCACCUAGCUCAAAACCUACCACCUUUACUAAACCAUCUGGGAACCAUAGCUUAAAUAAUUUCAUCACACAUAUUGUGUCCGUGGCACCUUAUCCACGAACAUUCAUGACACGUAAACCAUCUUACUGCGCCCGUAGCACCCUAUCCACAAACACAUAAACCAUCUUACUGUGCCUGUAGCACCCUAUCCACAAACACAUAAACCAUCUUACUGUGUCCGUGGCACCUUAUCCACAAACAUUCAUGAGACGUAAACCAUCUUACUGUGCCCGUGGCACCCUAUCCACGAACAUUCAUCACACAUGAAACAUCUUACUGUGUCCGUGGCACCUUAUCCACGAACAUUCAUGACAUGUAAACUAUCUUACUGUGCCCGUGGCACCCUAUCCACAAAAUUCAUCACACAUAAACUAUCUUACUGCGUUCGUGGCAUCCUAUCCACGAAUAUUCAUCAAACACAAACCAACUUACUGUGCCCAUGGCACCCUAUCCACGAACAUUCAUCAAACACAAACCAACUUACUGUGCCCAUAGCACCCUAUCCACGAACUUAUCACAUGUAAACCAUCUUAUUGCAUCCGUAGCACUCUAUCCACAAACAUUCAUCACACAUAAACCAUCUUACUGCACCAGUGGCACCCUAUCCACAAAUAGUUACACAUUCCAACAGUCAGACUUUCCUGGUAGCUGAGGGAUCAGUUCCUGGUAGCUGAGGGAUCAGUUCCAGGUAGCUUAUGGAUCUAUCUUGUUGAGUCUCACGUGUUAAACCGUAUUGUUUGUUACUAGUUUUGUCCUAUUCUGUCUAUACCGCAUCGUAUAUUUCUCAAUAGAAUUUACCCUAUAUCUAUAUAUUCAUCUGUUCUAUUAAGCCUCUGCUUUACACUACUGUAUCUACUACCUUGUAUGCUGGAAAAUCUGAAAAAUACAAAAUUAGAAGUGCCAUAGCCUGUCUUGUUGAACGGAGCCUAAUCAAUGUAGCACCCGGGAACCUAUCAUCCUCAGGCAUUUAAGAUGGGUAGUGCUCCCAUUUGACCUUGCAUGCCAGCCUGCAUAAAGUCCAGGUGACUCCGCUAUUACAAUCCUCCCACACAAAGCCCCCACUUCUUAUUGCAUGUGAUGGAGGUCUUCCUUCCAGGUUUGUCUGAAUCAGUAAAGGCCUUUGGUGUUGCCCUUUAGUGUUGCAAGUGAAGCAUUUCCCAUUGAACCCAUGACCAGAUAUUCACUUUGAGGACUUGGGCUGACCGCAUCUCUUUUUUUCUCCCAAGGAUUUCACAGAGUAAUUAUAACUGAGAUGGGAGUUGCAGUGUCCUGCCAAAUGACUGCUAGUAAUCAGACACUCUGCUUAAUUAGCCGCCAUCUUUUGUGGCCCAUCACAAUAUUGGGCUUAAUACGUCCUACGUAAGCUUCUACAGGAUCAAAAUGCCAAUAACCAUCAGCACUCUGACACGUGUAUUCUCUUGGUCUCGACUGGACAGAACCCCCCCCCCCCCACGUUUUUGGAUGGUUACUUUAAAGGGACACUAUAUUUACCAGAAUAACUACAGCUUAAUGCAUUUGUUUUGGUGAGUAUAAUCAUUGCCUUCAGGCAUUUUUAGAGAAAAGGCAGUGUUUACAUUGCCCCUAGGGACACCACCAAGUGGCCACUCCUCAGAUGGCCACUGGAGGUGCUUCCUGGGUCAGUGCUGCACAGUAGGCACCACUGCCGUUCAGCUUUCCCACGCUCUGAAUGGAGACGCUGAAUUUUCCUCAUAAAGAUGCAUUGCUUCAAUGCAUUUCUAUGAGGAGGUGCUUAUUGGCCAAAACAGUGUUUGGCCCCGCCCCUUGCCAAUUUGCCAUGGGAAAGCAUUGGAUUGGCUAAAAAUCUGACAUUCUGAUGAUGUGACCAAGGGACAGGGCCAGUGCCUGCUGAUCUGCAUGGCACUGGAAAUAAGGUAUGUAUUUCAUGCUUUUAAAGGGGGUAAUGGUGAGUUUUGCACUAUAGGGUCAGGAAUACAUAUUUGUGUUCCUGAUCCUAUAGUUAGUGUUUCUUUAUCUGCUGGUUACUUUUAAUAUCACCCUUGUAGGGCAGAGCUAUUGGUUUUAUAUGAAGGAUAUUGUAGAUUUCAGACUACUUAGCUGAAGAAGGGUGGAUUUGAAGGAAGUGCAGUAGGGGUAGGAUAGUAAGUUGACAUAAUGAGAAUGGAAUAGAAAAGACUGGGAUUAUGGGAAGAAAAUUACUUGUUGGACCAGGGCAGCGAGGUGCGGUGCAAGUUCAGUAGGUGUGGUAUUGGAGUGAGGGUGGACGGUGUGGUGCAGGAAAUCGAGAAGGGUGUCAGUUCCCCAACCAUAUUGUUGCAUAUCUUUCUGAUCUUUCUUUCUGACUUUUCCAUUUUGCCGUUCAAUCCAGCCCUUCCUCCGGAUCUCCAGUAUCUCCCGGAGGACAAGCAGAGAGAGUCUGACCCAGAUAUCAGGAAGAUGCUGAUUGAGAGCAUACAAUUGGUGAGUGUCUAUAACGCUUGCUGUGCCUGGUUCCUCCUCUUCAUUAUUUUCACCGUACGAUUAAUUUUCCACCACCUGCGUUCCUUUCUCUUUAUCAAACUCCACUUGGCACACCACGUCAGCUGAUCCACAAGAUUUUUGCGUGGAGUCAUAUUAUAUAUUUAUGAUUUGAUGCAUAACUUUCAUUUUUCCCACUCCAUCCGCCCUCACUCCAACACCUCACUUACUGCACUUACACCGCACCGUCCACCCUCACUCCUACUGCCUUUCUGUUUCGGUACCUUUUCUUCUCAAUACUUAUGUUUCUCACAUUGUUUCUUUCUUUAUCCUGCCUUGCUCCUUUCACCUCUUCUUGAAUCACCCUUUAUACAUUUCCACCCUUUUCCUCUUCCUCUUCCCUCUACCUAAUCAUUCUUUAUUUUCCUCUUUCUCACUUACCUUUUCUCACUCCACCCUUCUGUUGCUACCUUGUUUUCUCCCCUUCCUCCACAUUCCAACCUCCUUAUGUUUUUACCUUCACAUUAAUUGUGCCUUCCUCUAAUCUGCCCCACCACAUUCCUUCCUUUUCUCCCUUCCCCUGGUGGUGGUUUGAUUAGUUCCUUUUUGCUGCCGCCCUUUAGCUCUGUGCCACCCCUGAGGGACGCCGCAUUGUGAAGCAGAGAGGAAGUUACCUGAUAAUGAGAUCGCUGCACUCCUGGGAGACUGAGACAGAUGUAAGAAUUGCCUGUGAGAAGCUAGUACAGGUGGGUAGAACGUGUUCAUCCAUGCAUGGAAAUAAAGGAAUAAACAUAUUGAUAUGGUGUUGUUAUGAGUUCUUCUAGCUCUGUUACACACUUCACACAAAACACAUAAUCGGAAUCAUUUACUCUGUGCUGUUAAUCUGUUGUGAGGAAUAUAUAUAUAAUUUUUUUUAAUUUUUUUUUUUUUUUUUUUUAGCAUUUAGUGCAUUUGCUACCUUUUACACAAUCCUUUCCUCUGGUCCUGACACCACAUGUCUGUCUGUCUCUCUGGGGGAGAUAAUUGACACAGCUGUUUGUUUUAUCAGGUCCUGAUAAGUGAUGAACCUGCUCCGGGCUUAGAAAAUCUCUUAGAAGUCAAUAUUCCAGCUGAGGUAGAGGAGAAGCUGAAGCUCCUGGAUGAGGAAGACGAGAAAGCACAGCAGCACACAGAAGGGACUUCCAAAGAAAAUAAAGUGACCAUUUAAAUCACCAUC